AUGAUCUACGUGUACGUUUCCGAUUAUGUGAUCAAUUCAUUUUUCUAUCAAUUGGAUCGAUUGGGCAAUUUUCGGAUCAAUCUGCAUGCGAUACCUGAGGUCAGGCAGAUGCUGAGCUUGAACUGCGAUCAGACCAACGGCGGUGGUGCCGCUGCCGAAGGAGCUCAAGCACGUAGCUGUCUUGGCUCGAUACUCGCUAAUCCUGAGCAAUACACUGACGGAAAAGGACGGCUGGAGGCACGUGUAAGGUCACCACCCGUGGUAGUGUUAAAUGAUGUUGGUGCUCACAUAGGCUUGAAUCUCAGCGUGGAUCUGUCCUAUAAGGAGGCAGACGAGGACGAACAAGUCAAAGCCGUCCUAAUGACAGUCAAUGUGAAGCUGCAACUUUACGCGAAACAUUUAUCAAUACGUAAUGUCUCACCGAAACAUGAGCAUCAGCAGUUGCGUAUCAACACCACAAUCAGUAUCACACAUCUGGAGGUAACCUCGGCGAUGGCCUACGUGGAUUCGAUGAACGAUUUCGCGAUGAAUUUGCCGCAAUUUUUAGAGGAACGGAAAUCGCUUAUUGAGGAGAUUGUCCGAAAAAAUUUGCACGUUGUCAUACCGCUAUCGGUGAACGAUGAGUUGAUCGGGGUGAAUUCAGUUUACGGCGAGUUCAGGUCACGUACUCUGGUGUUGGGCUUCGANGAGAAGCUUUUUGAGCAUUUCAGUCUGAUGAACAGCAGCACUAGGUGA